AUGCAGCAGAUCUCUUCGCAGCCAUGGAGACAGCCGCUCACGCAGCCGCCAUCUGUACAAAUCACACCGCGUGUUGAGGGAGUCUUCGAUUUGUGCCCGUAUUGUCGCAGUGUUUGUACAGGCGAAUUCUCAUCCUGCCGAAACUGUGGCAGGCAGAGACACCCGUCGAGAACCUUUUUAGACGGUGAGUUCGUGGAACUGAGGGACUCUUUUUCCUCAGCUGUCCGUGCAGCUCCUGCGGAGCAAUCCUCUGGGGGGAAGCAGGCGCUGGCUCUGCAGACUGUUGUCGAGGAGUCGCGUGUCUCGGUUGAAGGAGUGUCUAGUUAUUCAUCCUACCCAAAGUCCAUCUGCGAUCCGGCUUCGCCGGAGCCCAGUGAGAGUUUCGACAAAUGUCAGCACUGCCACGAUACAUACCGGGCAGAUGCAGUGUUUUGUCAGCGGUGUGGCCAGCCUCGAGAAUAUGACAGCGAGGGCAACGAGUUGAUCUUCAUCCAGGCAGAUUAUUUGUCAGUGACAGAUCCGGAGAAAAAAGCUAAACUCGAAGAGGUGAAGGCAAAGCUUUCUCUUCUGCUCGGGCAGGAAUCCAUGGAAACGGAAGCAAAGCCAGCAGCACAACAUGGAGCUUCCCCAGAACAUCACGCGUCGGACAUGUGUGUGAGCCCGCACCAGAAUUUCAGUCCCAACAGCACCUUUGCGGUCACAAGUGUUCCAGACAGGCAUGAUACUCAUUCAUUGGAUGAUACAUGUUCAAUGCCCUGGGAAGAGAUGUCUCCAAUCCUCCAUGGUGCACGGAAGCUAGCGACGGGGGCACCAGAUGUCGCUGAUUCAGAGGAGGAAUGUCAGCUGCGAACUUUGGUGUUUUCUGGAUAUUCAGCUGCUCCGUCUCCCCCUGAGCCACGCUACAUGAUCGACCAUGGCACCAUGAGCGAAACGGUGCCAGAACCGACCGUGCAGCCGUCCAACGACUCUGGCGACUGGCUGGAGUGGUUGGUGAAGAAUGCGUGGGAGACGGACUCAAAGGAACUGCACUUCAUUCGGCACGACUGGAACAUCGAUGACACACAUUUUGCUCCUCAACUACGAAGUUGGCCCGAGAAGCACAACGAGUCUAUCACUGGCUCCGCUAUCCCGGCACUCCCUUCGGCCGACGAGCUCUUACACGACUCCUCGGAUCCAUGCGUGGUCAUGUAG